AUGGAGAAAUUCCAAAGCUAUUUAGGGCUAGAUAGAUCUCAACAACACCACUUCUUAUAUCCACUUAUCUUUCAGGAGUAUAUUUAUGUACUUGCUCAUGAUCAUGGUUUAACUAGAUCGAUUUUGUUGGAAAAUGCAGGUUAUGACAAUAAAUCCAGCUUACUAAUUGUGAAACGUUUAAUCAAUCGAAUGUAUCAACAGAAUCAUUUGAUUCUUUCGGUUAAUAAUUCUAAACAGACUCCAUUUUUGGGGCACAACAAGAAUUUUUAUUCGCAAGUAAUGUCCGAGGUCUCUUCAAUCAUUAUGGAAAUUCCAUUGUCUCUGCGAUUAAUAUCUUACCUAGAAAGGAAAGGGGUAGUCAAAUCCGAUAAUUUACGAUCAAUUCAUUCAAUAUUUUCUUUUUUAGAGGACAACUUUUCACAUUUAAAUUAUGUAUUAGAUAUACUAAUACCUUACCCAGCCCAUCUGGAAAUCUUGGUUCAGGCUCUUCGCUAUUGGAUAAAAGAUGCUUCCUCUUUGCAUUUAUUAAGAUUCUUUCUCCAUGAGUGUCAUAAUUGGGAUAGUCUGAUUACUUCAAAUUCAAAGAAAGCCAGUUCUUCUUUUUCAAAAAGAAAUCACAGACUAUUCUUCUUCCUAUAUACUUCUCAUUUAUGUGAAUAUGAAUCCGGCUUCCUCUUUCUCCGUAACCAAUCUUCUCACUUACGAUCAACAUCUUCUGGAGCCCUUAUUGAACGAAUAUAUUUCUAUGGAAAAAUAGAUCAUCUUGCAGAAGUCUUUGCCAGGGCUUUUCAAGCGAAUUUAUGGUUGUUCAAAGAUCCUUUCAUGCAUUAUGUUAGGUAUCAAGGAAAAUCCAUUCUUGGUUCAAAAGGGACGUUUCUUUUGAUGAAUAAAUGGAAAUAUUACUUUGUCAAUUUCUGGAAAUCUUAUUUUUACCUGUGGUCUCAACCAGGAAGGAUUUAUAUAAACCAAUUAUCCAAUCAUUCCCUUGACUUUCUGGGUUAUCGUUCAAGUGUGCGGCUAAAGCCUUCAAUGGUACGCAGUCAAAUGCUAGAAAAUGCAUUUAUAAUUGAAAAUGCUAUUAAGAAGUUUGAGACUAUUGUUCCAAUUAUGCCUUUGAUUGGAUCAUUGGCUAAAUCUAAAUUUUGUAAUGCAUUGGGGCAUCCUAUUGGUAAGGCGAUUUGGGCCGAUUUCUCAGAUUCUGAUAUUAUUGACCGCUUUGGGCGUAUAUACAGAAAUCUUUCUCAUUAUCAUAGUGGAUCUUCAAAAAAAAAGAGUUUGUAUCGAGUAAAGUAUAUACUUCGACUUUCUUGUGCUAGAACUUUAGCUCGUAAGCAUAAAAGCACUGUACGUGCUUUUUUGAAAAGAUUCGGCUCGGAAUUAUUAGAAGAAUUCUUUACGGAAGAAGAACAAGUUUUUUCCCUGACCUUUCCAAGGGUUUCUUCCAUUUCGCGAAGGUUAUCUAGAAGGCGGAUUUGGUAUUUGGAUAUUAUUUGUAUCAAUGAUUUGGCCAAUCAUGAAUGA